GAACCCUCCGCAUCGGCGAGAGUCGAGCCAACACUGGCGCCUCGAGACUGUGGUCUGAUGGGUGGUCCUCGAGCAGCCCUAAAGCGCGCCAUGACACUAGCCCAUGGUACAUGGACCCAAGCAAUAAUGAGGUUACGCCCCACGGGCCGAAAGUGGCUUUUGGGCUGGGUCUGUUUUCCUCUUUUGGCAGCCCAAAUGGACAGGCAGCCCCGGGCUGGACUUGCCGCAUUGGGCCAGCUCCGGGCGUCCGCCCCGCCGCAUCCUCGGUCCACGGGAAGGCCACUACAAGCAGGCGCACUGUACCCCAUGAUCGCGAUAACGGUGGCCACCGAGGGCUCAGCACCGCACAAACAAAUAAAGACACACGCGGCUCUCUUUUUUUCUUCCUGACGCUCAUAUUCCACAUCUGCCGAAUUGCAACCCACCGGCCGGAAUUCCCCAUCUCCAGCAGCACCUCUCACCUUUUGUCCAGCAUGGUGGCCGAUUGCAUCAUCUACCACCCCACUUUGACGAAGCUCCUCAAGUUCAUAGACAGCACUCCCAAGCGCGAGAAGUCGUUUCGGUUGGUGGCGUAUCUCUCGCGCUUUUUGGGCUACUACUUGCAAAGACGCGGGUACUCGGCCGAGCUCGUGCGCAAGUUCGCGGACUUGAAGCAGCAUGCCACGCUCAUCCGAAAAGGCAUGCGGUUCUUGAAGCCCUUGAACCACUUGCAGGCGGCCAGCAAGGCGUACGACAACAAGCUCAUGGACCUGGUGUUGCUGCUGACCACGGUCGCGCGCAACUUGGGCUACGCGGGCUACUUGGCAUUGGACCAGGUCACGUUUUUCAAGAUGUUGGGGCUUGUGGAUAAGCGCAAGUACACGUGGGUGCCUGUGUGGGCGGCGCGGUGCUGGCUCGCGGGGUUGGUGGCGGGCGUGGUGCACUCGCUCAGAACAUACCAGAUCAACCGGGCCAAGAUGGCGGCCGUGGAGGAGGCGGGCGACACGUGCGCGCUCCAGGGCAAGGUGUACGCGGCCAAGCGCAAGUUGGUGUGGGACGCGUUGGACAUGUUUGUGUGUCUCAACACGUUGAACUACUUGCACUUCAGCGAGGGCGACGUGGGGCUUGCGGGGGCGGUGACGUCGCUCAUGGGUUUGAAGGACUUGUGGGCGGCGACCUAGCGGCGCACGCUGCGUUGCCGUGGCGGGCGGAAUACGGUGAUGUAGAGGAUGGCACACUGUGAUGUAACAGGCAAAACACGCUGAUGUAGCAGGCAAAACAUGCUGAUAUAUUAGGCAAAACACCCUAUUAUAGCUGGCAAAACAUGACGAUAUAGUAGCCAAACCAUGAAGAGUAGUAGGCAAAACAUGCUGAUAUAGUAGGCAAAACAUGCUGUUGUAGCAAACACGCUGAUAUACCGG